AUGUCCAGCCUUCGUGUCGUCAAUGUCUCGCCAGAAUUGAAGUCGUCAUUGACGGAAACCCCGCUGAGUCCUCUGGACGACGUUCUGGCCUCGCCGCUCUCGACGCCUCUUGAAAUCAACCACAAUGAUCCUUUCAGUUCUCACUUCGAGGAGCACAUGUCGCCAAUAGCUUCGCCUGCCCCGCCGAGCGUGUUUGACAUUCCAGAGGAGCAGGAGCAGCAUGACGAGACACAUACCGAGUCGACGACGGCGCUGGACUCUGGGCGGGAUUCCGAUGAUCAGGAUUCCUACAACUUGAAGCCUCCGCUGCCUCCCACUAUUCAGCAGAAUCAAAAUGGUUUGGAAAGUCUUGCUGCGCGGUUCUUCUCUGCCGAGCACCUGGAUGUCAUUCUCCAAGACCAUUCGCUUGCUUUAAGGUUCACGCGCUUCCUCGAUCAAUACCGACCACAACAUACAGACACUCUCAAACAGUAUGCGCAGGCUAGGAAGGCAAUCGCAGCAGUCGAGUACGCCAAUGCGAUUGCAAGGCAGCUCCAACCACGUUCUGGACAUAAGCCAUUGGGCGCCGCGACACUUGACCAACAAUUCGAGGCGAGAUCUAAGCAGACCGUCGAAGCUCUGGUCGAGGAAGCGCUGCCGGCAUACUUAACGCAUCGGCUGGUUUCUCUCGUGACAGAUACUCUCGUCAAGGAGAUCACGGGCAAUAGUGCGCCUAUCAUGACUGAGCUGAUACCAAGUCUUGCGGAGGUGUACUGCAUUUCGGAUCCGUCAAUACCAGACAAUCCGAUAGUGUAUGCCAGUGAAGAGUUCUACAAUCUCUCGCAAUAUAGCAAAGAAUAUGUUAUAGGCCGCAACUGCCGAUUCCUCCAAGGACCGAAGUCAUCUCACUCGGCAGUGAGGAGACUGAUAGAGACACUCAGCCAGGGCGAAGAGUGCUGCGAGACUAUCCUCAAUUACCGACGAGAUGGCACACCUUUUAUGAACCUCCUCAUGAUUGCCCCAAUGUACGACAACAAGGGCACCGUGAGAUACUUCCUAGGAGCACAGAUCGACGUCUCAUCCUUGAUCGAAGACGGACGAGGACUGGAAUCGUUCGCUCAGCUACUAUCGCAAGACCGCUCGAGCGCACGAUUCAGUCUCCUCGCGCACAAGGACCCUCGAACAGCACUGACAGAUCUCGGCCAACUCCUCACCGAAGAAGAGACAGACCUCUUCAAAAACCUCGCCCAACGAACCACCACGCUCUCCCACCCCCCAGCCUCCAUCCGCUCAAGCUCCACCCGCCCACCCAACAGCAGAGGCCGCAACAGCAGACUCGUCCUCGGCAUGGACGACCUAACCAAAGACCCACCCCUCUGGCCCGCCGCGAGUCUAGGCCCCUCCGGCCGCCUCCCAGGCGUCUACCAAAACUACCUCCUCGUCCGGCCCUACCCCUCCCUCCGAAUCACAUUCACCUCACCCACCCUCCGCAUCCCCGGCCUCCUCCAAACCAAACUCCUCGAUCGAAUAGGCGGCCCUUCAACCGUCCGCGAGGGACUUCAGGACGCUUUAGCACGCGGCACGACGGGCGUCACGGCGAAAGUCACCUGGCUUACGAGUAUGAAUGAGGGAGAAGGCAAACCCCGCUGGUUACACUGCACACCGCUGUUUGGGGUUGAUGACCGUGUCGGGGUGUGGAUGGUGGUGAUGGUGGAGAAUGAGCAGGUGACGGGGGGGUUGAAUCGUGGUGGUGAUGGGAAUGGUGGGAAUGGAAGGUUAUCGGGCGUGAAUCGUUUUACGUCGAGGAAACUUUAUGCGGAUUAUUUGAGGCGGGAGGGGGGUGGGAGGCCGACGACGCAGGAGACGACGUCGUCGACGAGGGAGAGGAGGGAGGCGGAUGAGUUUUUUAAGGACUUCUGA